AUGACUCCUGUUAACAGUACCAACUCCAUCUUCUCCACUCUCCUGGUGACAGGCAUCCCUGGGCUGGAGGCUGUGCACAUUUGGAUUUCUAUACCCUUCUGCACUAUGUUCCUCAGUACCUUGGUGGGCAAUGUGACCAUCUUCACAGUUAUCUGGAGGGAGCAGACGCUCCAUGCGCCUAUGUACCUCUUCUUGGCCAUGCUAGCUGCCUCUGAUCUUGGUCUGUCCCUUUCCACAUUCCCCACAAUGCUGAAGAUCUUCUGGUUGGAUGCUCGAGAGCUGACCUUUUUGGCUUGCUUCACCCAAAUGUUCUUUAUUCACACCUUCCAGGAUUUUGAGUCAGCUAUCAUACUGGCAAUGGCCUUUGACCGCUAUGUGGCCAUUUCUUGUCCAUUGCAUUAUUCUUCCAUCCUCACCAGUAAUGUAAUUGCCAGGAUAGGUUUGGCUAUUGUUGUGCGAACAUUGACUGUACAGUUGCCCCUCCCCAUUCUCUUGAAGAGGUUGUGUUUCUGUCACUCCAAUGUUCUUUCUCAUUCCUACUGCCUACAUCCUGACAUCAUCAAGCUCUCCUGCUCCAAUACUAGGAUCAAUAGUGUCUUUGGACUCUUUGUGGUGCUAUCCACUAUGGGCCUUGAUUUUUUCCUCAUUCUCCUUUCCUAUGUGUUGAUUCUGAAAACUGUACUGGGCACUGCAUCCCGUGGUGGCCACCUCAAGGCUCUCAACACCUGUAUUUCCCACCUGUGUGCUGUGAUCUUAUUCUUCACACCCAUGAUCUGUCUGUCUAUGCUCCACCGCUUUGGUCCAAGGCUUCCUUCCCAUAUCUAUGUGACCAUGGCCAACAUGCAUUUCCUCAUUCCUCCUGUGAUGAAUCCCAUUGUGUAUGUGGUAAAAACCAAGCAGAUUCGAGACAAAAUUCUGAAGCUCUGCAUCAAAAGAGGACCAGGAGAAUUCUAA